AUGGAAGAAAAUAAAAACGCCUUAUUUGGUGCUCUAUCCAAAGCUCUGAGUGCUAAUAUCCACAAGCCCAGCAUGUUCUUACUCACUUGCCACAUAUUUGAUUGAACGAUUUUCAAAAAUAGGAAAUUAACCCACCCUGAAUCGAGCAAUUUCAUAAUAUCAAAAAUGAAAUAUCUCAUGUUAAAUCUAACUACCGAUCUUAUAUAAUAAUAAAUCUUACUACUCCCCCCCCCCUCCGUGAGCGAACAAAACCAUUAGAAAAAUCGCUAUUUUUUGACCAAAAACCCACCCUCCGUGAGUGAACAAAAAUUUUUUUAAUAGAAAAAAUUUUAAUGGGAAAAAAAAUUUUGAUAUAUAAGUGAUAAUUAGUAUAAUGAAAUCUAGAGCUAAUUCUGUUUAAUUUUAAACAAAUUGCGUUUUAAAACAUAAAUUUUGCAAAUUAAAUUAAUAUUUGCUUCCCAAUUUUUGCAAAUUAGGAUUUUUUUAAAUUUCGAAAAAAUAUUUUUUAUAAAAUUAUAUAUAAAUUUUUUUUAAAAAAAAAAAAUUAACCCCCCUCCGUGAGCGAACAAAAUUUUUUUGUUCGCUCACGGAGGGGGGGGGGGAGUUAGAGAUAUUACAAUAUAAUGCUCCAAUAUAAUUAUAAUGCUUUUUAUCAUAUUACAUACUCUAUCUCUUAUCGCUAGCUGAUAAAUAUUUCAUAUGAAAAAUAUUUUUGUUUCCAGAACCCUUUUUUUACCCCAAUUCUAGGGGAAUUAGAAAAACUUCCAGCAGGUUCUCCUCCUACCCGCCAACGUGUUUACGAACUUCUUUCAAAAGACCAGCGUAUGCUUGCAUUUGACUUUUUAUCCUCUAUAACCACAACCACUCCCCGUAAUGAGUAUAUUGACGCUGUUUUAUUCGCAGCUAGAUUUCUUCUCGGUAAUCAGCUUAUAAACGAAUGUUAUAUUUUCCUAAAAAUCUGUCAAAGUCACCUCGAAAAAGUAUAUGGUGAGCCUAUUGAUUACUCAUUAGUUGAAGAAAUUGGAAACAUGUUUUACUUGACAGGCCAAUGCAACGAAGCAAUUAAAUGGUAUGAAAAACUCAUGGAAAUGAAUGAAGCUCCAGAAAGCAAAAUGUAUUUUAAUAUUGGAAUGUGUUAUCAAGUGCUGGGAAAUGUUUCUCAAGCUAUUGAAGCUUAUUUAAAAAGCACUCUUGCAGAUUCCAGAUUUACAAAAUCAUGGGUAAAUUUGGGAAGCUGCUAUUUACAGAUUGGAAAAGGGGAUAAAGCUAUAACGGCGUUUCAAAAUUUGCCUCUUUCGGCUGAAAGUUUAACUUGUAUAGGAAACGCUUAUACUGUUUUAAGAGAAUAAAGAAGACGCUUCAAAUGGUAAAAGCAAAUAUUUAAUAUCAGUUCUCAUAUAUUUAUAUUUGUAAAUUAGAAUACUUUAAAAUGGGAAAUUUUGAGGAAGCAAUUGCUCAUUAUUUAAGAGCGAUCGAAAUUAAAGAAGAGCCGGGAACUUAUAAUAAUCUUGGAGCUGCAUUAAAAAAAGUUGGGCUUUUGCAAGACGCUAUCUACGCAUUUAAUGAUUCUUUAGCUUUACAACCAAAUGCAGAUGCAGGAACAAAUUUAUUGAUAUUAUAUAUCGAAACUGGGAAAUUUACGGAAGCAAAUUCACUUUUCAGAAGUAUUGCAAGGAUAUUACCAGCAAAUGAAUCAAAAAUGAUCUCAAAAAUACUUGAUGAAAGAAAACCAGCAGCAGAAAGAAGAAGCACUAUGCUUGUUAAUAAAGUAGGAGAAGGGUUGCUAGGUAACAUUUUAGCUCCAGCUAUGUCAAGAAAGCAAACUUCAAUGAAUCCUUUCAAUCAAUCUUUGAGUCCUCAGAAUUCUAGAUCUCCUAAGCCUCAGAAAUCCCCAGGGAUGAGUAGUGGAAAUAUCUUUGGCAACGCUCUUAACUCCUUGUCCUAAUAAUUAAAAAUAUAUAAUCUUUUAAAUAAAAAAAAUGAUUUAUACUGCAUUUAAGUUAGUAAAAUUAAAAGAUAG